UCAGGCAUUUGAUUGUGGCCUGUGGAAUGUUCUCCCACUCCUCUUCAAUGGCUGUGCGAAGUUGUUGGAUAUUGCUGGGAACUAGAAUACGCUGUCCUACACGUCGAUCCAGAGCAUUCCAAACAUUCUCAAUGAGUGACGUCUGGUUGGCGCCCCCCCUUGAGUUGUGCUGUGGCGGAGAUCUUUGUGGGCUAUACUCAGCCUUGUCUGAGGAUGCACGACGACAACAUUGUCCACCGAGACAUGAAAGCAGAGAAUGUCUUCUAUACCACCAGCUACUGCAUCAAGGUGGGAGACCUUGGCUUCAGCAUAGUGACUGGUCCAACCGAGGUCCUCACCACAUUCUGUGGUUCCACAUCCUACGCCGCUCCAGAGCUCUUCAAAGAGAAAGGCUACAUGGGUCGUUACAUGGACAUCUGGGCAUUGGGCAUCCUCCUCUACUUCAUGGUCACCCAGGUCCUGUGCUUGGAGGAGCAGGAGGUGAAGUUGGCCUUUUCUGGCCUGGGCUUCAUGGCGGCCCAUCUGCAGAGCAACACCUAACACAGACAAUUGCAACCCCCUGACGGGGACCUACCGUAUCCUCCUCCACCACAUCCAGAAGAGGAGGUCCGUGGAGGAUGUGGGAUAUGCAGGCCUCUACCCUAAGGACUUUGUCACUACCAAGAGAUGGACGCCACUGCUGUUAUGGUCAAGCACAACCCAACUAAUGUCUGUGUUAUGCUAUAGACCAUGGUUUCGUAACAGUUUUUGUACCAGGGACUGGCAAGUUAUGGAUCUUCUCUUAGGAUUAAAACAAACACUUUUGGAGGACCACUUACAUUGAAAUCAAACAUUUGAGAACUGAAGUUCUCAGACAACUAUCUGAGGGAUCAGUUAGCAAUAUCUCAGAGACCAGUGGUGCUCCAUGGACAAGACACAAACACACCCGUGCAGACAUGUGCAUACUCUCACUCACUCACACACACACACCGCUCUCUCAGGGAUCUGCUGUUGCUUAUUCAUCGUAGUACAGAGGAUAGGUAGAUAAAUACCACCAUCUUGUGCUCACAUUAUUCAUUACAUUUCAGUAUGCCUCAGAAAUCUGUGAUGAAAAGAAACCGUGGUUAAGAUUACAGGAUCUGGUUUGUAAUGUACAGUCCAUUAAUUCUAUUGAGGCUUAUGGACUAACAAGGCUUCAGCUUGUUGUGACCGUCACUUGUGACCGUCACUUUACUCAAUAGGCCUAUGUUCUGUUCAAUAGGCUUACAGCAAGAGGCAGACUGAGUGCUAUUAAUCCUUUGCCUAUCUUCCAAGCCUACUUAGUCCAGUGCUUCAUCAAAAUAUAACCGGGGUUGUGCAAGGGCAUGGCUAAUCUUUCUUUGUUGUGAUACAGGAAAAGUGCUUUGUCCAGAUAUGAAUUGUAAGGGAGUCAGGCACCAAGUGUGGGCCCAUGUCCUGAUAUUUUCAUUGCUCUA